CAUCCCUUGAUCCUCCACAGCGAGAUCACUACCAGCAAGCUGGUUGCUUGCCAUAUUUGUGGACUGCUGCUUGUUUCUGGCCCAACUUACUUUUGCUCAAAAUGCAGUAUCCGCUUUCACAAAGCCUGCGCCGAGCUGCCACAAGAGAUAUUGAAACCCGACCGCCAUCAUCACCCACUCUUCCUUUAUCCCCAUGCCCCGCUUCAACCUUUCUGCAAUACCUGCAAAAAUCAAUGCUCGCGGUUCGUUUACAGCUGUGUUGAGUGUGAUUUCAAUCUCCAUGUAAUGUGUCUAGCAUCUUCACAUCGCAAGCACAACUUCAUCAUAUUUCGGACUAUAAUUAACUUCAAAUGCCUGCUAUGUGGUUGGUGGGGACAUGGUUUUCCAUGGUUUUGUAGCAUCUGCCAUCUUUUGGCUCAUGAGAAUUGCGCUGAAUUGCCCCCAUCUCUCUUGGUUGUUGGACACGACUGUCCUCUCACUUUCACAUACUCUCACCCUUUUGAGGAUCACAGUAAGUUAGCUUGUGCAAUCUGCAGAAAGAAGGUUGAACCACAGUUCGCAGCAUACAGCUGCUCCGAAUGCAGCUAUGUCGUUCAUUUGAAUUGUGCUGGGAAAAAGUACAUGCGGGGACAGACUAAAAGGGACAGUCUAAAAAUCAAUCCUUUAGGGGAUGAAGCGCCAGCAUCGAAUAAUUCUUCAAAGAAAACGUUUGAAGAAGUGGGUUCGGUUGAGAUUCUGCAUUCAAAUUGUGAACAGGACUUAAUCCUCUGCAAAGAAGAGGGUGACAUUGAUAAACAAUGCCGCAGAUGUAUGCAACGCUUCUCGGUCGCUAAACCAUCACACUCUUACAGUUGUGUUAAGUGUGGUUUCUUUCUUCACAAAGACUGCGCUGAUUUGCCAGUUACAAAGAGGCACCCGCUCCAUAAACAUCCUUUAACUCUCAUCACUACCCAAGAUGUGGCAUUCCAGUGCCAUGCUUGCCUGCAGUUCUGCCAUGGUCAUGCCUACCACUGUGAAGAAUGUCUGUACACGCUCGACAUUCGCUGUGUUCUGAUUGAAACCAGGAAACUCAAGCAUCCGAGCCACCAGCAUUUGCUGUCUCUUGCACAAAACCACGAGGAUAAAAUAUGUAGUGGCUGUGGCGAGAGCAACCAGGCGGUGUUCGAAUGUGACGAUGGCUGCAACAACUUCUCCUUGGACUACAGAUGCGCAACUCUUCCACAGAAAGCAAGAUGCCGAUUCGAUGGUGGUUUGAUGGAUCUGAGUUUCUCCGUGGAAGAUGAAACAGGGGAAUAUUACUGUGAUGUAUGCGAAGAAGAGAGGAACCCAAAGGUGUGUUUUUAUUACUGCAAGACGUGCCGUUUAGCUGCCCACCCUGAAUGCAUCCUUGGGGAGUAUCCAUGGCUCAAGUAUGGAUCAUAUGAAACUCACAAGCAUUUGUUGAGUCUUGUGGCAGAGCGGAAGAGGGAUUACUCUGAUUGUGAGCACUGUGGGAAACCUUGUGCCGGUAACUUGGCCUAUGAAUGUCGCCGCUGCAAGUUCAACGUCCACGCUAUUGGGCGCUGUUACCACGACCAGAUAAUCAAACGAAAACUAAGUUUCAAGCUCAAGUGAUCAAUUUUAUCGCUGUGUCAGCAUUAUUCUUUAUUAUCUUUCCCACAAUUGCAGCUCUUGCUUCCGACUUGAAAGUUACGCCAAGAAAGAAGAACAAGAAGAAAGGAAUCGAACCCCGGAAAGUAGAAACAUUGAAAUUUGUUUGGUGGGUAGGUAAUGUGGGGCCUCUAGCUUCUCUCUGUCCCGUCCAAACCCAUCUUUGCACUCCUUCUGUACUGUGUUCGUUGACAUUUAUUACUAAUCCAAGUUAAUAAUCCCAA